GACAGAGUUGAGGGAAAGUGAAAGCAAAGAACAAAGGCACAGAGAAAGCAACCUUUUUUAGGGGGGAAAAGUACACAGUUUUCCGGCAAGAGAAAAAGGAAGGAAGAUGGUGUGGAUGGCGAAUCAACAGUUGGGGGGAAGAGGGAAGAAAAGUCGGAUAUGGGGAGCAGCAUUUCUCUGUUGGCUUUUCCUCAUGUUGAUCACUCCCAAGAUCCCUCUAUCCCCUCACAACCCUCUCUUCGCUGACAUGCGCAAUUUUCUUGGAGUGCCUAACACGUUGAAUGUGAUCUCGAAUUUCCCUUUUCUGAUUGUGGGUGUUCUGGGAUUUGUUCUAUCUCUCGGAGGAAGCUUUUUCAACAUCAGUUUGCGAGGAGAGGUGUGGGGUUGGGUGCUAUUCUAUGCGGGAAUAGCCAGCAUGGCUUUCGGGUCUGCUUAUUAUCACCUUAAGCCUGAUGAGAGUAGAGUGAUGUGGGACACCUUGCCGAUGAUGAUUGCAUAUUCCUCACUUUUCUCUAGUUUUAUUAUCGAGAGGCUGGGUGAGAGAAUCGGCCUAAGUUGUCUGCUGUCACUUCUAAUAGUUGCUGUUAUCAGUAUAAUUUAUGCAAGAACAUUUAGUGAUCUUCGGUUGUGCAUAACAUUCCAGUCAAUUCCUUGCAUAGCAAUUCCUAUCAUGACAUUUUUGUUCCCACCUAAAUAUUCUCAUUCAAGGUACUGGCUUUGGGCAGCAGGGGCUUGCAUUGUAGCCAAAGUAGAAGCUCUUGCUGACAUGAAGAUAUACCGUGCAAAUCGUUACAUAAUCAGUGGACAUUCCUUGGAGCACUUGUGUUCAGCCAUUGCCCCUGUUUUGCUUACGGUUAUGCUUAUGCAUAGAAGCAUCAGAUUUCAAAGAUUAGGUGACCUCAAAGGGCGUCCCUGAGGUAGAGUUUCAUCAUGGCAUUCCCAAACAGCUCUUAGCAUUGGCAGAGAAUUUUUUUGUAAAGGGAUCAUGGGAGGUAACAUAUAAUUUAAUUAGCAUUCACCUUUCGCAGACAACCUCCAUGCCAGUGAAGAAUUUAACCAUGCAUAUGAUUAUUCUUCUGCCUUUGUUCUUUUUAAUGUGCUGGGGAGGGGUACAGUUUUUUAGGUUUGGUUGUUGAAUGACAGAUCCUAGAGACCUUAUCCUCAUAACUUAAUGUAGGCUUUCAUGAUCAACAGGGCAGCCCCAAUGUCCAAUCUUUUUCUGUGUGCUCAUAUUCCUUGGAACCAAUUGUGCUCUCUUUUACUUAUAAUCUGUGGGCAGUCAUGCUUCUUUUGUGCAUCCAUGGCAAUAAUUGGAAUUUCACAUA